GUGCUAGCAGCCAGCUCACCGCCUGUGUAUUUCCUGAUUCAGACCAGCUCUCCUAUAAAGUGAAAGUCGGCUAGGAUUGUGGAUUUUAAUGUAUUUUACCCCCUCUGGUCUCAUCUCUGCGCCUGGAUCUGCCCCUCAACACCCCUGGAGUUAACUCUUCAGCUGCUGAACCCAAUAGGAAUGUACUUUUUUUUUCCCCAGCUAGGAUCUCCUUGUCCUUUUAAACCCCCUGCUCUGGCAUAUGGUUAUGAACUUUAGAGUAUCGGAACUACAAGUUCUACUGAGUUUUGCUGGCCGGAACAAGACUGGAAGAAAGCAGGAGAUACUCGCUAAAGCUCUUCAACUUGUCAGAUUCGGCUGUAAUUCAACCGUGCAAAUGAAGAUCAAAGAACUGUACCGGAGACGGUACCCUCGCAAGAUCCUAAACACAGCUGGCUUACCCAUGUUACACAUACAAACAGGUGCCCUGACCUCUACCAGCUCAAUGACACAAAGCUCAGUGUGCCACCUGGCGUAUGAUGCCAGUCCCAAUUCAAACACUGUUACCUCCUCCAUGUUGCCUUCAGUUCCCAUGAUGGGUCCUAAGCACGAAACAGAUAUCCAGCAUCUCUCACCAGCUAUUCACCCGUUGCAUCCUGAUGUUAAGAUGAAACGUCUUCCAUUUUAUGAGGUCUAUGAUGAGCUCAUUAAACCCACCACAUUGGCCUCCACGAACAGUCAGCGGUUUGAAGAGGCACACUUUAAUUUUGCAUUAACUCCACAGCAGGUUCAUCAGAUCCUCACUUCAAGAGAUAUUCUACCCGGAGCCAAGUGUGAUUAUACAGUACAAGUACAACUGAGGUUCUGCUUGUGUGAGACCAGUUGUCCUCAAGAAGACUAUUUCCCCCCGAACCUGUUUGUGAAAGUGAACGGAAAACUCUGCCCUUUGCCUGGCUACUUACCUCCCACAAAGAAUGGAGCUGAACCAAAACGGCCGAGCAGGCCCAUUAAUAUUUCUCCACUCGUCCGAUUGACCUCAACAAUACCCAACACCAUUGUGGUGAAUUGGUCCUCUGAGUUUGGCAGAAACUACUCUCUAUCCUUGUAUCUGGUGAAGCAGCUGACAUCCGUAACAUUACUGCAAAAACUCCGCGCCAAAGGAAUCCGGAAUCCGGACCAUUCUCGGGCUCUCAUCAAAGAGAAACUGACCGCUGAUCCCGAUAGCGAAAUUGCAACCACAAGCCUUCGUGUGUCUCUGAUGUGUCCGCUUGGUAAGAUGCGAUUGACGGUCCCUUGCCGAGCCAUCACCUGCACGCACCUACAGUGCUUUGACGCUGCACUCUACCUUCAAAUGAAUGAGAAAAAACCUACGUGGACAUGUCCUGUGUGCGAUAAGAAGGCUCCGUAUGAUACGCUGAUUAUUGAUGGUCUCUUCAUGGAGAUCCUUAAUUCCUGCACAGACUGUGACGAGAUCCAGUUCAUGGAAGACGGGUCUUGGUGUCCUAUGAAACCAAAAAAAGAGAAGGCAGAAAUCUGCCAAACUACAUCCUAUGGAGGCAUAGAAACGAGCGCAAUUUACAGUGUAAACUCGGAGGUUAAACACCACACAGAACCCAAGAGAAAAGUGGAGAUCAUCGACUUGACCUUGGACAGUUCGUCAGAUGAAGAAGAGCCCCCAGCCAAAAAAACAUGUCCUGUAACCUCUGUGCUAAUACCUUCAACUGCAGGACCCAAAGGGGUAAUUAGUGUUGACCACCAGGCAUCUUCUGUCCUGAGAAGUCCUUCCAUGACAACGAUAGGCACCGAUUACUUAUCUGGCCUAACUCUUCCAGACUACCACCGAUCCUACGCAGGACCACAAGACCUCCAAGCACUGGAUUUGUAUUCCUACUUGCAGUCUGAUAAUCAGCAUUACAGUCCCUCUGUCAUCACAUCGUUGGAUGAACAAGAUGCGCUAAGCCAUUUCUUUCAGUACAGAACCCCCACCCACUACAUGAGCCCCCUGACACAGGCCAUCACAAGCUCUCAUGGGCCUCCCAGCAGUGCCAGCCGAAUAAGCAGCAUUGUAUCCACCAGCACUCUGAGGGAGAAUCACAGCGGGUCCCAAAGUGCCACCUCCACACUGCCAGGGUGCCGGUCUGACAUCAUAUCUUUGGACUGAAUCUUUUUCGUGUGAAAGGGAGAAUGGACAGAAAGUAGGUUGAAAGAGUCUAUCAGAAAGGAUGUGCCAGCCAGGGCUACAUUAUUGAGGAACGGCUGGUGAUAUACCUGGCUCUGAAAACUCAGCACUAUAUUUACUACAGCUUCAGUCAUUUUGUAGCCUUAAUGUGGCUUAUGGGUCUUUAUCUGUUUUUAUUUGGCAGAAUCCUAUGUGGCUACCAUCUUGUAUGGCAUUUCAGUGCCAGAGCUGAGCUAUCUUCCAAAAGGACAUUUUGAGAAUGUACAGGAAUUCCUUCUAUUGUUACAGAAAAAUAAAGCACAUGUCACUUCAGUGUUCCAUCACCCCAUAUAAUUCACCCUCUGACGUUUAAAUGGUGUGUGAAAUCCCACAAAAGCAUUUCCUUUCAAUUCAGGUUAGCUUUCAUCUGUCAAUCAAAAGUCCAGUGACAGAAUAAAGCACAGAUAUUUCAGAGUACAAUUUAUAUGGGGGUUUAAUAGCACUGCCCUUUUAAAUAAAUGGUGUCCGCUGGUCCAAGUGAUUGGAGCCCACUUAAAAAAGACAAUCUAUUGCAUAUCCUUGGUUCAUUCAUUAAUCAUGGGUAAUAUUAAAGUAUGUUUUGAGAGCAUUUCAGAGCAGGUGUACCCGAAAGCAAAGAGCUACGAUUUGCUUAAUAAUUUAGAAUCCUGAUUUUUGGAUGUCUGCAUAACAAAAUAUUGCAGAACUUCCUACCGCUCUGAGUCUGUGGUCAGAGUCUACACACGAAUAGAGUGGCAUCUGUCAUUCCCAUAAUCCAAGAGGCAAUUGACCCAAUGUACAGUCUCACCAACGUGUUAAGACAGACACCGAUUAGAAAUACUUAAGGGAUAUAUAUCCUCCGACUAUUUGAACAACCAAAAGAAAAUAACAAAAUAGCAGCUUAUACUCGUAACAGUCCCGGUUAGUUCCUAAUGUGUGAAUUGUUGGGAACUCGGUGAAUUGCAUAUAGUAGGGCAAAACCGCCAAAUACAAAAAACUACAUGUCAGCUGUGUUUGAAGUUUAGCUGUUGCGGCCUACGAUGUGUAAUUGACUUUAGUAACCAGCUGACUGAGUUGGGAUGAUUAAAAACGAUGGUCAGCAUAACUUGAUAUUAGAUUUUUGGCCUUUCUUUUAUUUUUUGAGCCUCUAUACCAGUGAUGGCGAACCUAUGGCACGCCGGGCCCUCUCUGUGGGCACGCGGCCAUAGGUUCACCAUCAAUGC